AAUCUGGCUUUUAGACCAGAUUUGGAGAUGAUUUUAGGAGAUUACCACCGUAUCACGAGUGAUGAGAGUUGAACAUAAAGUGGUGGGAAGUAGGGCGAUCUAGUCACUCUGUGCCCCUCAUCACUCAACCGCCCUAUUCCACCACACGCAUCGACAGCCACCAACCCUGAAAGUGGCGAUGGAAAUCCCGAUGGAUGUGAUAAAGCAGGUGCAGAUCUCGCUUCGGAAAGAAGCGAACAUGUCGUCCUACGACCCAGACGACACGCCGUUGCCCAAUCUGCCUUCGGUCGAAGAAACCCUGGCGGAGUUGGAUCCAUCGCCGCCGUACCUGAGGUGCAAGCAUUGCAAAGGGCGGCUGCUGAGGGGCGUUCAGACGCUAACCUGCGUCUUCUGCGGCAGAGAACUCUGCAAGGACCUCCCUCCUGACCCCAUCAAUUUCCGGGAUACUUUUGGGUACCGGUGGCUGCUCCAGUCCCUGAGCUUAAGUGGAUCGGAGAUAGUGGAUUUACCUAUUGGAACAAAUGAAUUAAACAGAGGACAGACUGCACGGAAGGAUGAGUUAAGUCUGUCUGAUCUCUUAAAUCUUGAAAUAAAGUGGACCUCUAGGCCAGAGAAAAUUGAGACUGAUCUCUCAAAUGAGACCCCCAAUCUGCCCAAAUUACCAGAUUUGGCUGGAGUCAAUCUUGACAACUUUUUCUUUGAAGGAAACAAAGAUGAUGCUUCAAGUAGUUCUGAAGAGCUGUUUGGGUCUAACACACAGAUUGUCAGUAAAGAGAGUUUCCAAGGUCAUGAAACUCUUAGUUUGUUUGAGAAUGUAAAGCCUUUUGAGACAGUUGUGCAGACUACUGAAGGAGAGAGUGGCGAUUCUGGUUGGGCGGCAAGUUUUCAGUUUGCUGUUUCUGAAUCGCUUCCUCAAGCUUCUGGAAACCUUCCUCAAGCUUCUGAAACCCUUCCUCGAGCUUCUGAAAACCUUCCUCAAGCUUCUGAAAAACUUCCUCAAGCUUCUGAAAAACUUCCUCAAGCUUCUGAAAACCUUCCUCAAGCUUCUGAAACCCUUCCUCAAGCUUCUGAAAGCUUUCCCCAAGAAUCAAAAUCCCUUGACCCCUUUGUGGGUUCCACGGUGGAUCUUUCUACCCACAUAGACACAGUAUUUGGGUCUGUAGUGGACUCAACGAAUGAAAAAUCAAACCAUAGUUUGACUGGGUCUACAUCCAUGUCGACCGACUGGUUUCAAGAUGAUCUGUUGGGCGUUUCCAACUCUGGGUUUUCUGGAGGGCCCGAACAGUUCGAAACGCUUGCGGAGGUGAAGGGUGGUGUCCAAGAUAACCAAUUGCAGACCACUAGCAGCAAGGCUUCUGAUAAUAAGACUACAGAUAAAGAUGAUGAUUCAUUUGAUGCUUGGAAUGAUUUCACAAGCUUGAGUAGUGCACCAAAUCUUGUGGAUAGCUCUGUAAAACAAAAUGGUGUUGAUUGGGUUCAAGACAACCAAUUGCAGACCACUAGCAGCAAGGCUCCUGAUAAUAAGACCACCGAUGAGGAUGAUGAUCCAUUUGAUGCUUGGAAUGAUUUUGCAAGCUCGAGUAAUGCACCAAAUGUUGUGGAUAGUUCUGUAAAACAAAGUGGUGUUGAUUGGGUUCAAGACAACCAAUUGCAGACCACUGUCAACAAGGCUGCUGAUAAUAAGACUACUGAUCCGGAUGACGAUUCAUUCGACGCUUGGAAUGAUUUUACUAGCUCAAAUAAUGCAUCAAAUCUUGCAGAUAGUUCUGUAAAACAAAGUAAUAAUCAGACAACACCUGUUGAUCACACUUCAGAAGUAAAUUUGUUCGGCGCAGCUAGCAACUCUGGUGACUUGGAUUUUGGUAGCUUUUUGCAACCAGAUUUAUCGGCAGGAGCAUUUAACAGCUCCAGCGGUUCAACUGUAGUGGAUGGAGCGCAGCCAGAGCCUUCUGUAUUAGACAGGUUGGCUGAUGCAAGCACAAACAAGGGAAAAAAAUCUGAAGAUGUGGCGGGGGGCGGAGAUGUUUCCAGUGCAAGAGCAGGAUCAAAAUCUGACGAUGUGGAGAGAAUACUGUCACAGAUGCAUGAUCUCUCGUUCAUGCUCGAAAGCACUCUUUCAAUGCCUCCCAAGCAAGACGAAUUACAUCCCCCUUCUAAAGAUUGAGACGGAAUUCGUUUAUGAGGUUCUACAUGAUGGAUGUUCAUAUAAUUCUACUUCUGUUUGUUCCCAAUUUUGUAUUUUAUUAUUUAUAAUAUCGUGUAGAAAUGGCAUUCGUGACGUGUUUAUCGUGUUCGUGUUGUUUUUAUAUCAUACCCGAUAGCUUAA